UGUGAUCCAGGGGAAGGUCAGACAUUAUCUGCUCCCCUAUUUUACCGCGCUGACUAAGGCAAACAUGACAUUGCUGAGUUAUGGCUCUCGCCAUAGAGUUGGCUUUUAGAAUCUAAUAGUGACGUCGAAGCCUGGGAUUUCUCUCGACAUGUUCGCACAGCGCAUGGAUGUAGGAAUUAAGGCGAGGACGCUCCGCCUAUUACUGCCGAUCCGCUUGGUCAGCUUGAAUCUACCCUUGGCGCACCUACCCGACACUAAGUGCAGCUUAACCGGACCCCGCUUCUAUCCACGAUGGGUACAGAGAAACCUGGUCCGAUUGAGGCUGCUUGCACGGAAGGUUUCCAAAGCAUUGUCCUACUUGCUGCUAAGGAGAUCGACAAGAAAUUUGAUGACAUGUUCAACCGUGGCAAAGAAGAUGAGAGCGAACCAUUUUUUGGACCAAUGUGUCAGCUGGAGAGUGACAUCAGGCCUAUGAUCGAGGCUGAAGUCCGACGUCUGAUCCACUUCACAAAAAAGAAUAGACUCGCCUCUUCAGUGUCAGCUAUUUUGCUUCACACAGAUGGGUUUCUGCAGCCUUUUCGGCAGUAUAUAAAGUCUGUUGUCGAAGUUGAGCAGAAGAAGCUGGAGGCACAUCAGGCCUAUGUGGGAAAGAAAGAGGAAAUCCUUCAGCUCAUUCAGUGGAGAGAAUAUAAGCAGGCUAUGGAGAUGGCUCUGUCAAGCAACGACCAGAGAUUGGUCACUGCUGUGUGCAGGAAAUUAAAUAAGCUGGGCAUUUAUUUAUUGGAACCCUGCCCAUUCGAGCCAUUUUAUAUGCUGUCAAUCAUCGAACGAAUGCCACAGAACCUCGAAGAGGACGAGGAUACCAAAGACCGAUUUUUGCUCAAGACAGUGAGAAAGUUGACAGGAAUGUAUCUUUUCGAGAAAGAAAAGAUGCAGAUGGUGGAGCGGCUGAAGGAGUCUAUAACAGCCAUCUCUGACAUCGUGGCAAACAAACCCGAAGGAUUCGAUUCUGACUUGUUGACUUUGUCCAUUAAUUGCCUCAGUGUUUUCAUUGGUUGAAAUAAAGUGAGACAAGUUGGCACUGGAAUUCCCUCCGUU